CCCCCCUCCUUUGCGUCGCGCGUCAUAUAAACGUCUGACAUCAGAGGAAGAGGAAAGAUGGCGCUGAACAGGAAUCACUCGCAAGGCGGCGGUGUCGUCGUCAACGAUGCCGAGUGCAUUUUAAAGGAGUGCAAAGAUGUGGAGCUUUCAUUCAGUGACAUGACUGCCAAGUCUGACUACUUCAAGGGCACAAAGAAGGGUUUCCUAUAUUUGACCCCUUACAGGAUGAUUUUCCUGUGCAGAGGCAAAGAUCCCAUGCAGUCUUUCAUGAUGCCCUUCUACCUAGUAAAGGGCUGUUCAAUCGAGCAGCCCGUGUUCUCUGCUAACUACAUCAAAGGCAGUAUUGCAGCUGAGGCAGGAGGUGGCUGGGAGGGUCAGGCCAGCUUUAAGCUGGUGUUUAACAGCGGAGGAGCCAUCGAGUUUGGGCAGCUGAUGUUCAAAGUGGCUCAGCAAGCCUCCAGAGGAACCCCAGUGCCGAACGCAGCCUAUGGCUACCAGCCCAUGGCUGACAUGGCCUUUGGCUUUGCCCCACCAAAUGGUCCCUACAUGCCAAACGGGCCCUACAUGGCUAAUGGCCCCUACCCCUACCAGCCCCCACCCAUGAAUGGGGGCUAUGCUGGGCCACCCCCACCCAUGGGCUAUCCUUACGCAGCACACCCCAUGCCUCAAGGAGGUUACCCGACUGCACCCAACAUGGAUAUGUACAUGGCUCCACCCCCUCCCCCCUACCCCGGCCCCCCCACUGCCCCCAUGCUAGACCCAGGACUACCCGGUGGAGCUAAAGCAGUAGAGGCAGCUUCCAGCGCUUACUACAACCCCUGUAACCCUCAUAAUGUCUACAUGCCCAUGGAUCAGCCGCCCCCAUACACACCCGCAGACGAGAAGAAAAAGAACUGAAAUCACUACAGUCGGCCUCCCUCCCCCCCUCCCCC